ACAACAGAGAAUGGCAAAGGGGCAAUCAGAUCCUUCCUGCCACCUCCUAGGAUGGAGCCCUGAGGAGCCUUAAGGAGGCCCUGUGCUUCCUCCACCCUGGCUGGACUCACAGUACCUACCAGAGUGGUCAAGAAAUAUCUGAUCAUUAAGAUAGUCACUUACACCUUAACAUGAAUUAAAACAUCAGCUCCUUAAGAACAGACUUCUCCAGGGAAAGGUGACAACAGGCUUAAGAGUCCAAGGAGCCGUGUGGGUUGAGAAGACAGCACAGGGAGAACCAGAGCUGCAGGCGGCAGUCCUGAAAGAAGCUUCAAAUGGUCACCACUAUCUUUUGGCAUCCAAUUUACCACUGGUGAACAGCCUCCUCCAUGCACUGAAGCCCAGGCCCACAGAGCAGCCUCUCUCCUUGGACCUCCACUGGGCCCUGGAGGGACUGAGCCUCUGGGACCAUGGUUGGACUGAAGCCUUCAGAGGUGCCUCCCACAACGGCGGUGAAGUUCCUGGGGGCGGGCAUGGCAGCCUGCUUUGCUGACCUUAUCACCUUCCCACUGGACACGGCCAAGGUCCGCCUGCAGAUCCAGGGGGAGAACCAGGCGGCCCGGGCAGCCCAGAUUGCGCAGUACCGCGGCGUGCUGGGUACCAUCCUGACCAUGGUACGCACCGAGGGCCCCCGCAGCCUCUACAAUGGGCUGGUUGCCGGCCUGCAGCGCCAGAUGAGCUUCGCCUCCAUCCGCAUCGGCCUCUACGACUCUGUCAAGCAGUUCUACACCCCCAAGGGCUCGGAUCACUCCAGCAUCGCUACCCGGAUUUUGGCAGGCUGCACCACCGGGGCCAUGGCAGUAACCUGUGCCCAGCCUACUGACGUGGUGAAGGUCCGAUUUCAGGCCAGUGUGCACGGUGGGUCCCGGAGCAACAGGAAGUACAGUGGGACAAUGGAUGCCUAUAGGACCAUCGCCAGGGAGGAAGGAGUCCGGGGCCUGUGGAAAGGAACUCUGCCCAACAUCACGAGGAAUGCCAUCGUCAACUGUGCUGAGAUGGUGACCUACGACGUCAUCAAGGAGAAGCUGCUAGACUAUCACCUGCUCACUGACAACUUCCCUUGCCACUUUGUCUCUGCCUUUGGAGCCGGCUUCUGUGCCACAGUGGUGGCCUCCCCAGUAGAUGUGGUGAAGACCCGGUACAUGAACUCGCUGCCAGGCCAGUACCACAGCCCCUUGGACUGUAUGCUGAAGCUAGUGACCCAGGAAGGCCCCACAGCCUUCUAUAAGGGAUUCACACCCUCCUUUUUGCGUCUGGGAGCCUGGAAUGUGGUGAUGUUUGUCACCUACGAGCAGCUGAAACGGGCCUUGAUGGAAGUCCAGAUGUUUCGGGAAUCUCCAUUUUGA